AUGGUCACCAGAUCCAAGAGGCGCACUCGUAUUACUGCUGCUCCGGCCUCGUUGACUGUUUCCCGUUCCCCAUCUCACUCGCCUGGAAAUCCCGGUAGAAGUCUUCGCCUCACGGUAAAGAUGCCCGCUGGUAAAUUGCGGGAAGCUACCGGCGGCCGCCCUGGCCGGCGCUCGGUCAAUGUCUUCCAAGAGAACCCCAUCGUCUCGGGGCCACGAGCUAGUCGGAACAGAAAGAAGAUUGUCGAGGUUCCCUCCAGUGACGAUGACGAUAUUGAAGAUCAAGAAGAAGACGAAGUCGAAGAUGAAGAUGCUCCCGGUGAAGAGGAUGAAGACGCCGAUGCUGAUGGAGACGUGGAUAUGGAUGACGCCCCACCACAACCGCCUGCAAGACGGAACAACAAAGCGGCAGCACCAGCCCGUACUAAAAAUGUCAAGAGCGUCGAAGCCAUGGAAAUGGAGCUAGAAGACGAGGAAGAAGACGAAGAAGAAGAAGAAGACGAGGAGGAAGAGGAAGAGGACGACAAUGUCUCGGGAACCGACUCCGAUGCCGAGGGCGAGCUCGAUGAUAUGGACGAGAGCGCCGUUCCGGAUGUCAACGUCGACGAUCUGGAUGAAGAGGACGAAGAAGACGACCUGGACGACGAGCUUGACAGCGAUGCGCUUGCAAUUGAUGGUGGCAAGCAGACCAAGCGUCAACGAGGGAACCUCGGCGACGAUUUCCUCCAGCUUCCUAUGGAGCCCCAAGUCAAGAAACACCUGACGGCUGAGGAACGUGCCAUGCGACGAGCUGAAAUGGCUCGGCGACGAAAGAAUUUGAGUGAAAAGCGAAACGAGGAAGAAAAGAUGGAUACAAUCAAUCGUCUGCUCAAAAAACAACCCCCGAAGCGGCGUGGCCGAGGUGCCGCCAUCGCUGCGGAUGCCACCGACACGACCCCCGGUGACCAAGAGAACCUUGAGCCUGAGAAAGCCGAUCCACUCAUGGUCCGAUGGAUCAGCGGCACAAACGGCUGCAAGGUCGGCGUGCCUGAGGAAUGGCUCGGCACCCCAGCUGGCCGUGUGUUUGGCGCUCCUCCCGCAGCUCCAAGUGGCAAGAUGGUGGAGGAAGUUUAA